AGGGCAACCAAUUAUCAUCAUCACAUUAGUUUCUUUUUCUCAGUUGACGUGCAAUACUGCCGUAGAGCGCCCAGAUCGUAACAACGCCUAUCUGCAGAAGUCAUUGGGUGUUUAAGACGUCAGACUAAUUUGUUCGAAGCUCUGAGCAGACCUUGAAGUAGAAUCCGAGAGUGUUUUAAAGGAUCGUUGGUGACUCAAAGAUAAAUGACCAAUGGUGACUCAAAGAUAAAUGACCAUUUGUGACUCAAAGAUAAGAUUGCUGGAUGAGAGUAUUCAGGGGGCAAACCAAAUGGCACCGAGGGUUCCCUUCCUCUUUGUCCCGUGUUCAAUAGGGACCCUCGCUUUUGUUGCCUACGUUGUAUAUCUCUCCUCAUCAUCUUUGUAUGUUGUCCCAGAGUCACAAUUAAAAUUACAAUGUGGGCCAGUGGAGGGCUUCCCCAAGAGGCUGAGAGUAUACAUCUCAGAUCUGGAGAGAGAAAUGAACUACGGGCUGCUGGAGGAUUACUGGUCGAAACAGGAUUCGAGGAAUGCUGAUCACGAAGAUGAGCCAAGAAAUAGGUAUGCAAAGAUGGAAUACCCGCCAUACCCAAGCAACCCUUUGAUAAAACAAUAUAGCGCAGAAUAUUGGCUUCUGGCAGACUUGUUGAGCCCUUCCAAUGGGUUGGCGCAACGGGUGGGGAGGCCUGAGGACGCGGAUGUCAUCUUUGUUCCAUUCUUUGCUACACUCAGUGCGGAGAUGCAGCUGGACAGGGGUAAGGCCAAGUUUCGACAUAAGACCCAACAAAAUGCAGAUUAUUUAAGACAGCGAAAAGUUUUGGAUCUCAUCAAGUCCUCGCCUGCCUGGAAAGCAUCCCAUGGCCGGGAUCAUGUGUUUGUUCUCACUGACCCAGUUGCAAUGUGGCAUGUACGUGAAGAGAUAUCUUCAGCAUUGCUGCUUGUUGUUGACUUUGGAGGAUGGUACAUGGAAGAUUCAAAAGCUUCAAGUGACGAUGCAACAGGAAUGAUUCAACACACUCAAGUGUCCUUACUGAAAGAUGUCAUUAUACCAUACACACAUCUGCUUCCCACGCUAAACAUCUCGGAGGAUCACCCACGAGAAACUCUGCUCUACUUCAAAGGAGCAAGACACAGGCAUAGGGGUGGCCUGGUAAGGGAUAAGUUAUGGAGCCUACUGGAUAAGGAACCACAUUUUGUCAUCGAGGAAGGAUUUCCUAAUAGUAUGGGCCGUGAGCAAUCUAUACAAGGUAUGCGAAAUGCAGGAUUUUGCCUGCAUCCAGCUGGAGAUACCCCCACUUCUUGUCGCCUUUUUGAUGCAAUUGCUAGCUUGUGCAUUCCAGUUAUUAUCAGUGACAACAUUGAGCUUCCAUUUGAGGGCAUGAUCGACUAUACAAAAUUUUCUGUUUUUGUUUCGGUGCAUGAUGCAUUGCAACCAAAAUGGCUUGUUAAUCAUCUUAAAGCUAUUAGUGCAACACAGCGAAGGAAAAUGCGUGAGAAUAUGGCUCAAGUUCAGCACAUUUUUGAAUACGAGAAUAAUUAUCCUGGGGGCAUUGGUCCUGCUGUCAGAGAUGGUGCAGUCAGUCACAUCUGGAAAAAGAUUUUGUUUAAGGUACCUUCAAUCAAGGAAAUGAUUGUUCGAGAGUGGAGAAAGCCAAAUGGAUCUCAUAUUCCUGUUCGAUGUCAUUGCACGUGAUUUGAAAAUUAUUGCAUAGGAACCACAGUGACAUGCACGGUAGAACACCUUGAAUGAUUAUUAAUGAUAAUUUGCCUUAAUCAGUCCCCCCAUGCCAAAAAUGUGAAAUGUUAAUUUACAGCUACAUGCUGGGAUCGCUGGUUAUUUUGUCUCAUAAUAGUAUAUAAAAGUUGAAGUACUAUGUUGCAAUUUUAGAUCAAAAAGUUUUAACAUAUAUAUUGGCAAUACAUUUUUUAGCAUGGAACAUAUGUUAUUACAUCAGAUGAGUACUUUUUUAAGGUGCUCUUGGUUGGCUUAUUUUUGGCAUGGCUUUUGUGCCAUUUUUUUAAUCACCCGUGUGUAGAUUCUUAUGGAAAAUGACAUUUUUGGAAUGUUGAAACAUUUGAAAGUUUUGCAUUGAAGCA